AUGUUGACGCCCACAAACGACCUGCUGCUGUGGCUGGUAUAUGAAAAUAUGGCUUUGACCGACAUGAUUCAAGGUGCCUCAAACGAGAUUAUGUGGAGUCAACUAGGAGAGCUCUCAACCAGAAUUUUCGCUCUUGGAGUUCACAGAGACACCAAAAAGUCGGCCGACAUUCCACCAUUUCUAUGCCAGAUGCGAAAACGUCUAUUCGCCGCAUCGUAUCGAAUCGACAAGAACAUUGCAACUUUCUUGGGCCGCCCUCCGCGACUUCCUUUGAAACACUCAGAUUGCGGUCUUCCUUUAUGCAUUGACGAUCAGAUAUUUGGUGCUUCCAAUGAAGUUUUUGCUCAAGCCAUGGAAAACGUCGAUGAACAGGGCUGGGGUCUCAAGCCGGGCUUCCAGUCUGCUGUGUGGCUUCGACUACGAUUUUCAAAUGCAUUGUUCCGCGAGGAGAUCUUGGAUAUCUCGUUGAUGCCAUCCAAUACUAAGACAGCCGAACAAUUGAGCAAAGAGAUGUGGGAUUCACAUCCAGCAUACCUCCGCUUUACACCAAACAUAUGGACAGAUCAUAGCAAUGUGUUGACAGUUUACAUGCUCAUCUUGGGAUAUCUUGCACAUCUGUACAAUGACUUUCUCAUUCAGAGACUUCUCGUUCGACAGUAUCAUGCCGCGAAUACACCACUACUCUCUGUGAGCUCUCAAUUAAUUUCGACGGUUUUAUUGCUUGCUCGAAAAGGUGGUAAUAUGAAGGAUAUAUAUCUGGAUCUGAUUGUGUCGAUGCAAUUAUAUGGCUUCCCAGCUGCCAGCGUUCUGAUUGACACCCUUCGAUCGGAAGUUCGAUCGGGCAUCCCAGUCGAUUACACCACACCACGAUCAGAAAUCAUCCGCAACCUGUGCGUCUUCAUAUCUCAUCUCGACUCUGUGGAGAGGCCGAGGAAUGGCAGCGAUGCUCUCUUUAAGCGUGCAUCCAAGUAUUUCAGGACUGUUAUUGAUGAGGUCAUUGAAUCGAGCUCGGGAUCAGGAAAUGGCAACCUGCGCAAUUCGAAUGUUGAUAACUGGGCUCCGUCAUGGAACCAGGACGAUAUUGCAAUGGAUUUCAUAGAUGAGAAAAGACCGCACUGUCUACGAUGCAUCAAAGCAAAUCUGGAGUGCAGUGGGUACCCCGACAUUACCUUCAUCCAAUUCGAUGGUCAGAAACGACACAACAUCUCAUCUUCCGCCAAUGCUUCGCCGGGGACAACUCCGAAUAUUGCAGAUGUUCAGGAGCCGAUGGAACUUAUUCCUCGCUCUUUCCCACAUAAUAAAGUACAGGAUUUUACGUUCGUGACAAAUUUAUUAUCUACACCCAUGCCACUCAAUUUGAAUGAUGUAUUCAUCCAAUACACCCGCUCAAAGCUCUUUGGUGGGCUCAACUCGGAUGAAGUUGCUAGUCCGAAAGAUGAGGCGGAAUCCGAUGAUCGAGCGGAAAAGAACAAGGCGUUUUUGGCGCUGUCGACGACUUUCUUUGGAAUUGAGCACAAAGAGAAUCGGUUAGUGAGUCGUGGAUUUCAUCAGUAUGGACAAUCGUUGGAAUAUGUGCACGGGGCACUUGGGGAUCCAUCGCGGUAUAGGUCGCUGGAUCUACUGGAGUCGAUCGCGACAAUGUCUUUAUUUGAGGCAUGUUUCACCCCUGUCAAUUAUUAG